AUGUGUGAUGUGCUGGUCUCUACUGAUGACGGUGGGCAGACUGAGGCCGGGGCCAGAGUCGGCGGCUCCAGGCGUGCACUGCCUUACUCAGCAGACUGUGCAGCUCCCCUUACAGAGAAAACACAAGCAUCGCGGAUCUGGGCUUAUAUUGCUUUCAAAGGAUUCCCUGGUAAACAAUUCAGUGGUCUCUCUGUAUAUCCACCAGUCCAUGACGAGAGCAAGACUGAAGUGUGCACUGGUGUUUCGGAUCUGCUCACGUUUAGAUCUAGACUCCUCUACACCACACGACACAUACCGGAUCUGCUCACGUUUAGCUCGAGUCUUCUGGACUUCAUGCGACGGAUCCACGAUGUUCAGCGGGUGCAGGGUCAGCCGGGCCGUCCCACACGAGCGACGCACGGAGAACCUCGGACACGGAGAAGCCGUCCCACACGAGCGACGCACGGAGAAACAAGAACAAGAAUAACAGAUCCAGCACGGACACCCAGCUUCAGCACGGACACCUGGACAGAAGCUGACCGUCUGACGCCAGAGGAAGUGAGUGUCUUGCCCUCGUCUCAAGACGUCGGCACUGAGGCCACCAUGUCCUCCGAAGACCUUCCUCUGAUUUUUGAGCCGUUCGAGGACGUCACGCCGGCCAGAGCAUCAUCUGAACCGUCUGUCGCCAUGACGCCAGCGGCUGUAACCGCGGGAGACGCAGAGCUGGACUGGAUGGUGUCCAUGGAUACUGAUGUCCGUCUCUCAGGAACGCUGGAGACGUCUGGAGCGAGAGAGCCAAUCACAGAGUCCCAUCUGGCAGAGGAGCAUUAUGGGACGACACGACGUGAUGACAUCACACAGAGCGCCGUUACCCAUCAGGCUCUGGUGGACUCUGAGGUCGUUCACUUAAAGACAGACAUCCCAAAAGAUCCCAAAAUGAAAGAGGAGCCUGAUGAAGAUGAAGAGGACGAGGAGAUGGACUCUGAGGAGGAGGACAGUGAAGAGGACCUGACAGAGAGCACCGUGGCACCCCACAGAAGUCCGGCGUAUGGCCUGAUCCCUCCUCCUCCCGUCUGGGUGCAGCGGAACCAGGGCCUGGUGCGGAGCUGGGUCGAGCUCAUCAGAGAGAAGGCUGGUUACGUGUCGGGGAUGUUGGCUCCGGUCGGGAUUGGAAUAGCCGGAGCUCUUCUGCUGGUCGGCGCUCUGUACAGCAUCAGAGUGAUCCAUCGCAGGAGGAGGAACAGUUUCAAACGCCAGAGGAGGAAGCCUCCCAGAGAAGUGUGCAGUGGACCAGACAACACCAUGCUGCUGGCCGACAGUUCAGAAGACGAGUUCUGAGGAUCAUGACGAGAAAACACACUCAGUACAUUUAUGAAUGCAUUUUUCUUUCAGAAUCGCAAUAUGCUUUUUUCUUCAACUGCAUCCACACUCUUUUGAGAAACUGAGAAAAUGAACAUUUAAGAGUGUUAUAUUAGUAUCACUGAGAUGCUAUUGUAAGUUUUAUUAAUAUUUUUAAUCACUUUUUAUUUCUAUAUUUUCUGUUUUCAUUUUAAGUUUUUUUUAUAUGUAUAUUAAGUUUUGUCAUACUUUCAGUUUUAGUUAACUAUAAUAACCUGUCUUAAAUAAAGCAUCUUGUGUGAAUAUUAAUUUUCAGUAACUCAGAACAGUUCAUUGUUAACUAAUCCACUUGUACAAGCACAUACGUGUUGAUUUCAUUAUAUUAUAUACGUUUUGGUCCAUAAAAUGUAGAAUUACUUUCCUCCGCUGAAGUAUCUGCUGUAAGAUGUCAUCAUCAGUUCAGAAACAUUUGAUAUCAAACAUUAUUAACACAUGAAACAUCUGUCAGAAUCCAGAAUUAAACAGUGAUGUAAUAACAGUGCUUUCAUUCAUCACAGACCCACAACGCUUUAAGAUUUCAGCAAGAAAUGCUGCUUUAGAACAAUAUCUUUAAAACAAAACAUCAUCAUCAUUUCAUUUAGAAAAUAUCAAAUUGUUACAUAUUAAAAUGAAUAUCUAAAUGAAAGCACUCAUGCAACAUAAGAUGAAAGAUCUUUGAGAUCAGCAUUAAAACAGUUUAUUAACUCUUUGAUCUAAUGUGGAACUGCUGUACAUACAGUAUAUAGGAUGUUUUGACUGUAAAUAUGAUUGUUAUGAUGUUGUUUUCAUGCUGUAAUGACAAUCUGACGUAUAUGAACUCGUUUCACGUGACGUGUUUGUGUUUCGUUUGAUGAUCAGAAUCAUAAAUUCACUGCAGGCUUCUUGUGGUGUUUUGUCAAAGUUGUGAAAUAUCUUUACAGUAAGAGGAUGUUCAGUAUCUUACAGAUGUACAGGAACACAUGAAGAAUCACAGCACUGUAAAUACACAGAAAUAAAAUAUCUACUCGUGUC